UUUUCUCAAAGUCAUUUACGUCACAGUCAGGAAGCAGCGAUAUCUCCGUGCGAGAGUAAUCCUUCUUCCGCAGUGUUGCUUUGAUUGACCGGUGCAUUUUCUGGAGUUUAUUCCCAGCUCUAACCCGUUCUUAUAACUGAAAGGCAGGUAUUGGUGACAGCAUGGCUCCACUCCUGUUGAACCACCUCGUCAGCUCCCUAACCCGCCAUCUGACCCAGAUCACCCUCAGCCAAUCCUACCCUAUCACCACCACCAUCAUCUCCCGAUGCCUUUCCUCCCUUACCUCCUACCCAGUCAGAGUGCUCCUGACGCCAAGUAGACCCAUCCAGCCCUUGGCCUUCUCCCCUGGAUCUUCUUCCCAGGGCCGGGUCGCCCUCCAGGGCCAGUGUCAGCACCUGGCCUGCCUCCAGCCCGCUGUAGGGAUGAAAACCAAGAGUGCUCUGAAACGCCGCUGUAAAGACUGCUUCUUUGUGGUGCGGCGGGGAUGUCUGUUUGUGUUCUGUAAGGCUCAUCCCAGACACAAGCAAAGGCAGGGAUGAGGUGGUGAAGAGGAGCAGGGGUUAUGAUAAUGAUUUGUGUAUGGCCCUGUGAAUUGUUUGUUACUUGUAUUGUAUUGCCACAUUAAAGUGUUUGACUGAUUGACAGAUA